AUGGCCACUCUCCACUGUACGUUUCUCCAGCCCAUCCAUUACAUCACGUUGCCCCUCUUGUCUCCGCGUGAAAUUGCUCCUUCUCCGUGCAUAGCCGAUGAAAGGAAAAGGUGGUGCACCACAGAGGAAGAGAAAGGAAUUUUUCUACUGAUCAACUCUACUCUUCAUCUACUCGCACAUCCUCAUCUAUACCCAAUUGCAAUUCCAAAAUACUUACAUCAACCUCCUACAGACCUCCCCCCCGUUAAGCCCUCGGCCAUCGCCCUUGGAACGGCUUUCAACCACGCUGUCUCCCUCGCUGUCCUCGGCCCCGUCUUCGGUGACGCCUACCGCCGCGCCCAGCAGGCUAACACCAAGGAAGAGUACUUCCACUCUAAGGAGGCUGCCACUGCUGCUGCUUCCUGGGGAAGCUCCGUCGUCGGAUCUGCCAUCCAGUCCUACGGUGUUGGUGCUCUUAUCAACGCUACCGGCACCUUGACCUACAAGGGCGCUGCUUACCUCGGUUCUUUGAUCUUCUUCGCCUCUGCUGCUCCUUCCAUCGUCUCCCAGGUCCUCACCGAGAAGCGUCCCCUUGACACUAUUGCCAUCGGUGCCGUUGCCCGUGUCCUCGAGACCGUCGGCCUCAGCUUGUUCCUUACUUACUGGGGAACUCGCACCAACCCUUUUGACUAA